AUUCAACAAGUAUGAUAUCAUCAUGAUGUUCAGUUUCUAUACAGGUCCCAUUGAUAAUUGGUUAUCUGAGUGUCUAGGGUUCAUACUGAUCCUGAACUUUGGUCACUGGUUAGCAGACAGUGUUGUUGAGGUAAAGUUCCCAGAUGCCUCACCAGUUCAAGAACACUACUUUGGUGAGGAAAACUGGCUCGUUAUAGUUCACUUAACUUACACCAUGGCUAUUUACUUCCGAUUCCAUAGUGUGUUGAUGCUAUCUGAACAAGUAAGACGAAGAUGUACUAGGCAGCAACACUAUGGUGGCUAUGAACCAUUAAAAGGUGAUAAUGUACAAGCCCUCGAGCAAUGUGAGAACAAUGGCCGGGCUUGAUUUGUAUAAAACCACAGUUCUAUGCAAUAUUGUGUACAGAUUUAUAUUAAACAUGAUUUAUACAGAUUUAUAUUCAUCACGAUUUAUACAGGU